AGUCUCUCUUCCUUGUAGCCACCAGCUAGCCUUCAUUCCUGCUGACAGAGACAAUCUGGCUUUAAUGUGAGUGUGUGUCAGCUGACACUAUGAUGCUAGCAUGUUAGCCUCAGAGUUUGUAACUAUAUACAGCGCUAAUUCGUCGAAAAAGCAGCAAUUUAUUUUCGAUCAUUUUACCCGUGGGUGUAUGAGUAUAUUUUGUUGACAUAUUGCCAACAUGUGAAAUAGAGGAACACGCUUUUUAUUUCGAAACAGCUGAAGUGCGUUUUAUAGCAGCAAGGAAGCAAAUCCUCCUGGUAACCGUAGCUAGCUGUGACAGACUUAGCAUCACGUCUUCAUGGAGAGCUGGAAGGUGUUGGUGAAGCUUUGUGAGCAGACUGUAGACUCUCUAAGAAGGUAAAUGUUGACUAAAUGGCAAAACCCGAGCAGGGCAAUGGACUCGAAAUGCAGGACAGCAAUGAGAAGCUGACAGAUAAUGGAAAUGGGAGCAUGUUUGGGACCGACCAGGAGGUGAACGGGAAUGCCAUCCAGGUGGAGGCUCAGGUGGACAAGUACGGCUUCACAGGAGGAGCCCAGCAGUCCUCCAGAGAAAUUGUUGAAGAAAUCCCCACUGAUGUGCUGAGGCAGCGAGAGUCAAAAUGGCUGGAGAUGCUCAACAACUGGGACAAGUGGAUGGCCAAAAAACACAGAAAGGUAAAAGAGCGCUGUCAGAAGGGAAUCCCCCCGUCCCUGCGUGGACGGGCCUGGCUCUACCUCACCGGGGGGAAAGUAAGAAGGGAGCAGAACCAGGGCCACUUCCAGGAACUUGACGAUCAGCCUGGGGAUCCUAAAUGGAUAGAUAUCAUAGAGAGAGACCUCCAUCGACAGUUCCCCUUCCAUGAAAUGUUUGCAGCCAGAGGAGGUCAUGGGCAGCAGGACCUGCUCCGCGUGCUGAAGGCAUACACUCUGCAUCGUCCUGAGGAGGGUUACUGUCAGGCUCAGGCUCCCAUUGCUGCUGUGCUCCUGAUGCAUAUGCCAGCAGAGGAUGCAUUCUGGGUGCUGGUACAGAUAUGUGAGAAAUACCUGCCUGGAUACUACAGCACAGGCCUGGAGGCGAUCCAACUGGAUGGGGAGAUCCUAUACGCUCUGCUGCGGCGGGUAUCCCCUGUGGCCCACCGUCACCUGAAGAAGCACAAGCUGGAGCCCAUCCUGUAUAUGACCGAGUGGUUCAUGUGCGCCUUCUCUCGGACUCUGCCUUGGGCCACGGUGCUGCGUGUGUGGGACAUGUUCCUCUGUGAGGGAGUAAAGAUCGUUUUCAGAGUCGGCUUGGUUCUCCUCAAGUCCAUGUUGGGAUCCCAAGAGAAAUUAAAAACCUGUCAAGGUCUUUAUGAAACAAUGGAGAUGCUCCGAUCCAUACAGCCACAGUACAUGCACGAAGGCUACCUGGUGCACGAGGUUAUUGAGUUAGAGGUGUCUGAGAAAGACAUUGAGAAGGAGCACCACGCUCAGCUGAAGCGCUGGAAGGAGUCACGCGGAGAUCUCCACUGCACGUCCCCUCCCAGGAUGCACGGCGCAAAGGCCAUCAUGACUGCUGACCCACCUAGCAGACAGGACCUGCGGCAGAGGCCCACUAUCAUAGUGGAGUCUCCCCUUGCAUCUCAAACGGACAGUGCGAGAGUGGAAGGCACCACAGACACAAGAAAGUCUAAAGAGGAAAAAGAGAAGAAAACAAUCCUCCCGUCACCAGAGACAGUUAAUCCUUACCUCCCUCCAGGUGACCCCUCGCCUCUCCUCAAUCACGUGACCGCCGCACAAGGGUCCAAAGAGAGUCUGAGCAGUGCAGAGCAUGACACUUACCUGUAGCUGGGUGAGUCUUAAGUUUACACACACAAAUAAUUCCACACAAUCUUAUUCAUAUGACUGUUGUAGUCUUUACUGUGACAAAUUUUAGUACCAUAACUAUUUUUACAAUCACAACAAUCCAGAGGGGUAUACUAUGAAGCCGGAUUUGCAGUUAUCGAGGUAACUUCAGGGUUAACUCUGGAUCUUCAGCACUACGAAGGUGGUUCCCGUCUUACCUGGGUCGAUCAGCAUGGUUGCUCAUGCUGAACUCCUAAGCUGCUCCAGGGCAGGUUCUGUGUAGGAUCAGAGAUCAGUUUGGAGAAAACUCCGCCCACUGACCAAUCAGCUUGCUCAAUCACGGAGCUCUGUGAGCUGAUCGCGAGUGGAGUGGUGAGAUCAUCAGGACACUUCGUCUACCUGUAUGAUUUUACAUAUCAAACACUGAUGACAGUAUCUUUCCUGAGAUCAGACUUAAACAGAGUCUAAAAUAAGCUAGUCAGAUUAAGUCGUUGUAGGACUACUGUAUUAAAUAUAAAACUGAGCGUGCUUCUCUUUGAAUCAUGUUCUGAUUUUUAUUUCUCCACAGCGCUCAGUUUGAUACCGUCAGGGCUGCAGCUGAAAUAUUACGUCUAAAACUGUCACACAAAAGACACAAGAUGAAAUCAGAGAGAGAGAUCACUGUCAGGGAACAAACAGAAUUAUUAUAGUCAGAUCUAUCUGCACUAAUGAUGAGAAAUAAGAUGUAAUUUGCGCAUUCAAACAGAGUUUUUGUCAUAUCUUUCAGUUCUUCUUUCAUGGUUCAAACUCAUCUGUGUUGAUCUAAGUCUGGGUGAUGUGUUUAACUUCUUCAUAUUUUUCUAACAUUAGUGCAGUGUUGGAAAAUAUGUGGAUGUGCUGACGGCAGACUGUCCGUGUCUGUGAUUGGUCACAUGUUGCCAUCUGCGCCCCGUUCAUGUGAACUCGCUCAGGAUAAUUUUGGAUUGACUCAACAUGUUGAUAACCAGCUCCGUGUGACAGAUUAGCGUGAUCUCCUUUGUUUAGUUCAGUGAAGCCGGAUCAGGAGAAAAUAUCUGGGAUAUGCUGAACUCGCUUCGUAGUAUACCCCUCAGGAAAAGGUAAGGAAGCUUUUUCAAACACUAUGACGGGUGAUGAAAAAGCCUUUUCUUCGACUGCUAAGCAGUCGCUACACAGUGUGAUUUUAUGUAAACAGGCUGAUGUUAUUAACAGCACUUUUAACUAAGAGGUGAAGUCAAAUGAAGUUUUAAAAUCAUUGUAUAUAUUUAAAGCAUGGAAGCUAAUACAUCUGUUAUUACCAGGGAGCAACAACAGAUGGCGACAAUGUGCACUCGUGAUUGAAGUUUCAGCCUAUGGGAGCAUUGAGCGAUGAGCUUCAUAUGACUGAACAUAUGAGGAAUAAAAAGCUACUGCUGCUAUCAACCUCUAAAGGCAGAGCUCAGUUCAUUGGCUCUUACUAUAAAUGAAGUACAAUUUGUCUGAAGGGAUCAAAUCUCUUUCAGAGCACUUUGCCUUCAUAGUCUUCCUCCUCGCCGGCAUUACUUAUGUUGCCAUCGCAGAGAUUAGUAUUUAUCUUGCUUUGCACUCCUUUUAAAUUGCAGACACACAGUUAAGCAGUGUAUCUGUUCAGGAAGCUUUUUUGUUAUUCUGCAUUCAUGAGUUUGUUUCUGCUGAACACUUGGGGGCGUCUGGACAUCAUCUCUCAGACUCAGCUGUGACCAGCAGCGUGGGCUCUCUCUGGCUGAGACUCUCAGAAGUGUGCAGGAAAUAUUUGCGCCACAAAGCCAAAGAUUUUUUUUUUAAUCCAAUGCUUUUAAAAGAUAUAUUGUCUGAGCAGAUUUAUCAACAUGUUGUGAUACUGUAUUAGAAUGUUGUCUUAAGGAGAGCAUCAGAGGGGUACACUACGAAGUGGGAUUUGUGGUUAUUGAGGUAACUUCAGGGUUAACUCUGGAUUUUCAGGACUACGACAGGAGUUCACUCCUUACCUGGAAAGAUCACCAUGGUUACUCAUGCUGAACUCCUAACCUGCUCCAAGACAGGUUAUGUUCAGGAUCAGAGAUCAGUUUGGAGAAAACUCCGCCCACUGACCAAUCAGCUCGCUCGAUCACAGAGCUCUGUGAGCUGAUCGCAAGGGAAGAGAGAUGGGCAGGACACUUUGUCUACCUGUAUGAUUUUAAAUAUAAAGUACUGAUGACAGUUAUUGAUUAUCUUUCCUGACAUCAGACUUAAACAGUGACUAGAAUAGGUUAGUCAGGUGAAGUUUGUAUACUGCAUUAAAUUUAAAACUGUGCAUUCUUAUCACUUCGAAUCAUGUUUACAUUUUUAUUAGUCCUAUAACCACAGCACUCAGUUUGACACCAGCAGGGUUGCAGCUGAAAUAUUAAUUCUAAAACCGUCACGACACAAGAUUCAAUCAGAGAGAGAGAUCACUGUCGGGGAAUAAACAGAGUUAUUAUAAUCAGAUGUAUCUACACUAAAUGAUGAGAGAUAAUCCAUAAUUUGUGCAUUCACUCAGUGUUUUUGUCUUAUCUCUCAGUUCUUCUCUUAUGUUUCAAACACACCUGUGUUGAUGUUAGUUAGAAUUACGUGUUUAACUUCUUCAUAUUUUUCAAUCAUCAGUUUUCUGAGUUUGAAAAUGAUUAAUGUGAACACGCUCAGGGUAACUCCAGAUUGACUCAUAAUGUUGUUAACCAGCUUCAUGUGAUAGAUUAGCGCAAUCUCCUUUGUUUGGUUCAGUGAAAGAUACCUGGGACAUGUUGAACUCACUUCGUAGUUUACCCCUCUGGUUUAUAUUUAUGUUGAGAGUGAGAGAUGGUUGAAUACCAUUUUUAAAGCACUCUGAUAUGAAGCUGUUUUGUAUUUUAAUCGUGCUUACUUUAGACUUUAGACCCCAAUGAAAAAGAGCAAGGGAGGAAAUUUGUUCUCUGGAGCCUAUGAAUUCAAACAUCAGUUUUUAUACUCAGUUGGUCAUUUUUACCCCAUUAACAAUGUGUUCUCACAACCAGGAAAUGCACUGAAGCAUGUAAAAGUACAUGUUGUCUCUUUUUUAAAAUCCAGGUCACUGGCAUUAUUAAUCUUAAACAGAAGGUUCCUUUAUUGUUUGAAGUAUCCCUGCUCAUUUUUGGAGUCAUGCUAAAUGUAUUUGUGCACAUGCCAGAAUUUUCUUUUAAGAAAAAAGCAACAAUUAAAAAUAUCAAAGUGUUAACACACUGAUGUACAUUAAUUGAUUAAAGGGAGACAUACGUUUUUGAUAAUCAACCAGUUUAUGCUGAUUUUUAUCAUAUCUGAGAAGUUUUAAAAAACAAAAUGUUGAAUGACAUCAUAAGCCAUCACUACUGAACAAUCCCUCCAUGGACCUUACUCUAUCUGAAGUGUAGCUCUUCCUGUGUUGGGCUGUCAAGACUUUUGUAAUGGAAGGAUGUUAUUGUUGAAAGAUGAUUUAAAAUAUGUGGAGAUUAUUUUGACGUAUGUGCUACAGGUUUUUAUUUUUAUGUCUACUAGGAAGCACUAUCUACCUGCUCUUCUAAUCAAAGGCCAAAACACACACUUCAUAAUUUAGUUUACUCAGUUUAUCAGUCAAGUUUCCAAGUGGAGUUUUCUAUACUGUCAUGUAGGUGGCACUAUUGAGCUUCAUCCAGGGUUCAUGUGAAUGGUUAAACAAUCAUUGAGAAGGAUACAGGCUCUGUAAGAUAAUCUUGCAAUCCUAAAACUAUUUGUUUAUAGUGUUUCAUGGGAAUCAAAUCAAUGAUUCAACAAAUUGAAAAACUUUUUAAUCAAGAAAAUGUCAUAGGAAGAGGAAGAAUCCUGUGGUUGCUAAUAAUGCAAUAUUUAAGGGAGACAAUUAAUUCAGCCUGUGAAUGUGCAGUCAGUCGUCUUUUCUAUAGAUAUUGGACUGUAUUUCUGAUCUGUUUUGUCAUUUUAUUUGAACUAUCCAUGUCAGCAGACUGUUUUAUACCUGAGCACAUGUAAAUCAAUAAAAAGUGAAAAUGCUGGCCUUGCA